AUGAAAGAGGAAGAGGAGGAAAUCUGCACCAGUCAGGAGCAGGAGCAGCUUGAACUGAAGCAGGAGGCUGACACCUUUAUGUUGACUCCUGAUAAUGAAGAAAGUGAUCACACUGAGUUCCUCUCUCCUGUAGCCGAGAGUCCAGAUCAGACAGGAAACAAAUGUGUCGAAAAAUGCAUGGAGUCUGAGGAAGAGGUGGCUCGUCAGCUGAAGAUCAUUCGUAGCCCGGAAGUAAAGUUCCAGAAGUGCACGGUUCUUACUGAGCAGGAGAGAAACUUCAGUCCGGACCAAGAGGAACAAGAGAUUAAAGCGGAACCAGGGGAAAUCUGCACCAGUCAGGACCAGGACGCUGUUACUGUUGCGUUGACUCCUGAUGAUGGAGAAAGUGAUCACAUGGAGCCAGAACCAGACACUGACCACCAGCUCCGUUCACCUGUAGCUAAGAGUCGAGAUCGGACAGGAAAAAAACUGAAACAGUCUCCAAAAUGUGACACUUGUGGAAAGAAAUUUGAAUUCAAGCAUCUAUUGAUAUCCCACCUGAGAAUCCACACGGGAGAGAGGCCAUUUGCUUGCAAAACAUGUUGCCACUCUUACAGAACCAAAUGUGAACUGGUGAGACACAUGAAAACUCACCAAAAAAACACGGAUGUGAAGCCGUAUUCUUGUGAAACAUGUGGAAAGCGUUUUUUACUGAAAACGCGACUUGCAGUCCACAAAUGUACUCACACGGGUGACAUGCCCUUAUCCUGCGAUGUUUGUCACAGAGGCUUCGCGCGCACCGAUAAAUUGGCCUUACACAUGAGGACCCACACGGGGGAGAAACCCUUUUUCUGCAACAUUUGUAAAAAGUGCUUUGCACGCCAAGAUCACCUGACUGAACACACAAGAACCCACACGGGUGAGAAGCGCUUUACUUGCAGCGUUUGCAACACCAGCUUUUCGCAAAAGGUCCACCUGAUGACUCACAAAAGAACUCACACCGGUGAAAAACCGUACCACUGCGGCACCUGUGGGAAAUCAUUUGGUGACAGUUCAAGUCUUAGAAAGCAUGUGCACCGUUGCGCGCCCGUCUUAACACCCGAUGAAAAUGUUUAAUCAUGUGACACCUCAUGUAACGGCAAUGUUCAUAUUGCAAAAUGGGAUUAUAGAAAAACACAGCUCUGCACAAAUGUCAUUUUAAAUUUAUAUACUGUAUCCUCAAAUGAAAAGUUGAAUAAUUAUGUCACAGUUGCCUCUCAGAUCGCAAGUCAUAUUGCAAUUUCUGUCAAAAUAUUUAUAUUUAUAUAUAAAAUCGUUCAGCCUCACUUUUAAGUCCAUGGUUUAUUUCUUUGUACUGUUUUUAUUUGUAUAAUUGUCAUUGUGUCAUUUAAAGUCUUUUCAAGAGCAUUCAUGUUGUCCUCCCAUAAAAGGCCAUGAUUGAA